GUACGAACUCCUGUCCAGUAGGGUGCGCCUGAAGGGCACUUUUCAAGCCUGAAGGGCAUCUUCUAAAGAUGUCAGAGGGCUCAAGGGGUAAUAGCGGCACCGCGACGCCAAACAGGACGUCCGAGGGCAUGGAUGUCAGGAUACGGCGUGCGAGGCAAAUCGAUGUCGAAGGAGUCUAUCAUCUAGUGAAUCUGGCUUAUGAUGAACGAACGCCUACAUUGAUGAAGUAUUGUAAGUACCCAUGAUCUUCAUAUAAUCCAGCAUGAUCGAAAUAGCUUCUAUCUAGUAGUUAGUUGUAAGUACUACCUACAUCUAACACCCGUAUUCAGUCGAAGUGGGCAAUGCCGGAGUUAGAAAGUAAGAGAACCUCCAGAAGGAAGUGUGCCUCCUACAUUGUCUGGAGUUUAUCUUUGUUAGCUACAAGUAGAAGCGUUAAGGAGAAGAACUUUGUUAGCUUAAUGAACUAAAUACAUUGCAUCCAACAAAAAGUCUGCGAUCGAGAAAUCUGUAGUGAUGGACCCAAGAUAGCAGCAACCAUACUCAUCAUCACAGGUCUUGCUAAUUGAAAGUUUGUUUGUAAAUGUGGCUGUUUUGUGGUUCUAAAAAAAUCUGCGUCUCGUACGACUCAUCUAACAUGCGUAUUCAGUCGAGGUUGGCAAAGAAGGGAGUGCGUUCCGGAAGCAGAAUCGGUAUCUCGAAAGCGAUCUUGUGGCUGGGGAAAUCCAGCUAGCUCGAGAAGAAGAAAACUGUGCGCUUUUCUUGUUAAGGCUUCCCGGUAUUCGUCUGGAGAAGCAUCUUCGACACGCUUUCUUUCAAGGGGAAAUAUAGAUGAAUUGAGGGAAGCUCUCCAAGAUGAAUUGAGGGAAGCUCUAACCUUAGUAGCCACCGAAAGGCUAGCCCACAGAUUAAGGAAAAAACUAGCAGAUGCACAAGCGGCGGCGAGUAGUGCAGGUAGUAGAUUAGAUUUGAUACAGCUCAUCACGGGUUGGAUCAACACUGGACGACGUAUGGUAGGUUGACGAUUAUGAAUGAUCUUGAGUCGAACCCUAGGUAGUUUGAUUGAUAAGUGAACAGGUCAACGCCUAAACCACUAAGCCAACUGCAAGAAGAUGGAAACAAGCAUCCGUCUAUCUGAUGUAAAAUCAGACUCACAUCAUUCUCUCAGCCGCCUCACCAGCGUCUAGCAGUGUGGUAAAAAGUGUCGCGAACGCUAUUGGGGGACUCGUCAAGGGCAAAGCUGCAGAGGAUAGCAAUUUAUGGACUCAAAAUAUGUAACGUUCGACUGGAACUGCUCAACACAGUAGUCAGCAUGAUUGUACAUAAAAAACGACAAGUAGUCAGCAUGAUGAAUUAUAGCUGAGCGAAAAUAAUUUCCCCAAAACGGCAUUCAAAUCCGGCUCUUCCACUUUCAUCCACCUUCAUCCACAGCAUCUCAGGAAAAUGACAAGAUGACCAAGUCGGAGUCGACGAACACACUGGCUAGUACCGGGAGUCAAUCACCCGGUCAAAGCACGCCUGGAGGCACGAGGGAGGUGAUAGUGGGUUGUGUCCGAAUCGUGCUGCGAAAGUUUGGGAACGACAAAUGCAUAGACGUAGGCCCUUUCGCAGUACUGCCAGUGCAUCAAAGGAAGGGGAUAGGCAAGAUGCUCUUGAAUGCGGCAUAUGAUUGGGCGUGGAAGAGACAUGUACUUACAACAAGAUGUAGUGAUCAUUGGUGUUUUUAUUUACAGUGUCUGACUUUAUAGUUUCAUUCACUCUGAAGAGGACCAAUGUAUUGAGCAGUGCGAACUUUCUACAAACAAACUCCAUUCAAUCUUCUUUCAAAGGUUCGAAGGGUCAUUGUCGAAGUUUGUAGUGUGCGAACGGACUUGUUCGUGCCACGACCGGGGUCCAAGGACGACUACAUAGGCAUAACCGAUCCACGCGGAGCAGAUGUGAAGGUUUUCUUUCUUGUUGUUUGCACGUUUACGGAGAUGGAGCCGUAGAUGAAAGAAAAGACCACCCUGUCUGAAAAAGGUGCUGAGUAGAACAAGAUCUGCCUUCUCAAAGCAGUGAUUACACUAUGGUCGUGCUUCAUAACAUUAUUCUCACCUCCCCAACAGAACAAGAAGAAGGCAUCGACGACAUUGCCAGCAAUAGGCGGUAGCCCAAAGACGUUAUUGAAAGCAGAGACGCCGAACAAAAAAGGCCUACCCUGGACUCAGGCGACGUCAGAACCAUCAGCAGCGACGCCUCCGCCACCACCGACUACAGGUGGUGCGGGCAAUAAUAAGGUAUUCUUACGGAGUAACGGAUAAAAUUGUGUGGUGGCAUUUUCCUUACCCUCUCAAAUGACGUCUAAACUACUCGUCACACAGCACAUGUCUGAACUACCCGCACGACCGCACUCGAUACACCAUUACAAACACAGCCUCCAGCACCUGUAAAAGACGUAAAGGAGAGUCCUACGGCGAAGGGAAACGGGUCAAAUGGGACUAAGAAUCGAACCUCCGCGUCCGCCUCUCCGAAUUCGAAGGAUGUGCCUCCGAAGGUCAAGGACCGUAUUACAUCCAAGGACAUCGCAUCCGAAGCGCGGUUGUAUCCUUAUGUUUACCUGUUGUUUUGUUCCAGGAUGUCAUGAUUGAUGUUUAUUCCCCCUUUCAGUAUUUCAGUACCUCAAAGCAUAAUAUGCAUAUAGAUACUUUCAGUAAAUGUGAGAUUCUUGUCCACGACUGACGGAGCAUUUACUAGACACGACAAAAACAAAAGAACUAUUUAUAGCUUUCAAACUUCUCAGGGAAAUCUUAGGCAGAUUGCCGAGUAGAUUUACAUCAUCAACUUUCAAACUUCUAGUACUUUUCUAACCUCCCGACAUACGCCGUCCAGUACCUGGAUCUGGAUAUUUCGGAAAACUGGGAUAUCUACAAGUGGGGACCAUUGGGCCUGACGACGUCCUGGACCCGGAUCCCGGGACGACAUCGCGACCGGACGUCCAUUUCUACUUGCUGUCAAGGAAAAUUGCGUUACGAAAGAAUGAUUUUGAGUUCUCAUCGAUUACUCAGCGUAUUAUGAUGUAUGACGACAAAGGCUGUCAUCUCUUACCGAGUAACUUUACUCUGUUCGCCUAACGAGAACGAGAGCGACGAGGAAAAGAGUAAGAAACUGGAGAGACUUGAGAAAGUAUUCUGGUUCCAUCAUCUAACUAAAAACUUCACAUGAUCUUCAAGCACCAAAUCAAGUGGUCUUCGCGCCAUCCAGAGUAUUCGAUGAGAACUCAAAAUCAUUCUGAGCAUGGUCAUCUGAGACGCUAUGUAUGUAUGUAGCCGUUUAAUCCUAACGACCUUUUGAUAGUGGAACGACCCUAACGGCCUUUUAAUAGUCGAACGGAGUCACAUCUUGCACCAUUAUUGCCUAGCAAGGAGUAGCUAGUUUGAGUAUGAGUCUAAUCCUUGCACCGUCAUAA